AUGCUAUCUUCUAUUUCUUCUUCAUAUUGUCUGCGAACCAGCAACGUGUUUAUUAUAGUUGAAGUGAAGAAACAGAGUUCAUGUGCAGUGCACCUUGCCAAUGUCACUGACCAAUACGUCGCUUUCAAGGUUAAGACUACAUCUCCAAAGAAGUACUGUGUGAGACCUAAUGUUGGUAUAAUCAAGCCAAAAUCAACAUGUGAUUUCACAGUCACCAUGCAAGCACAGAAAUCGGCUCCCCCUGAGAUGCAAUGCAAAGAUAAGUUCUUGAUUCAGAGCACGGUGGUACCAUUUGGAACAACAGAAGAUGACAUUGUACCUAGCAUGUUCGUAAAAGAGAGUGAAAAAUAUAUUGAAGAGGCCAAGCUCAGAGUUAGUCUUAGUAUUGCACCUGAUUACCCAGAAAAGCCACUGGCUAAUGUAAUUUUGAAUCAAGAAUCAUCUUUCAAGUCUUCUAGUCCAAAAGAAGUCAAUGCACCUGUUUUGCUGCCUGUUAAUGGAGCUACUAAGCAAGAGCCAUCCUAUGAGACUAUCAUCCCGAAAGAUAAAUUGCAGAGUGGAGUUGAAAAUUUUCCUCCUGAUGACAUGGUGACUAAGAAACUGGAGCCAAUCACAAGUGUCAAAAACGUGGAAGAGUUCAGCUCAGUUAUGAUUAAGGAUGAUAUGAAGGCACCACCUCCCAAGGAUGAGGAGUUUUACCUAGUCAAGGAUGAGGUGAAGCCGAAAAUUGAGAAGCUCUACGUACAUUGA